AACACCACCCACGCACUGAUCGACUGUACUUCCUCUGUUUACUUCCUACAAAGCACAAACCGACCUCUCUCACGCAGUCAGUCUGCGUUGGACGCUGGACACACACAAUGGAGAGACGGCAGUCGCGUUAAGCUUCUGAGUCAAAGAUUACGGCAAGUACAGCGGGCUGCACGACUCGAGCAUCAAUAUGGAUUACAAAUAUACUGGAGUAGAACUGCUGUUGGCUCACAUGAAUAUUGAAGACAUCAUCAACGCUGCAGAGACACUGUAUCAGCUUGAGGAAGUGGAGGAGGAGGAGGAGGACGGAGGCUUGUCAUUCGAAGAGGAAGGUCUCUCCCAUGAGGAGAUGGAUGAGAACGAGGAGGCAGGGGACUCAGAGGGCUCAGGGAGUCCGCAAAAGGACUACGUCGAUGGGGUUGGCGGUGUUCGUUACGGGACGGUGACAGACCUCCUGUCCUUUGUCAACCUGCUGUCUAACAUGCAGGCAGCAGCCCUGCAGCACCUGCCUGAGGAGAUGGGGGUCCUGCUGAACAAGAAGUACUUGGCUAUUAAAAAAGGCCGCUACCAGAUCAACAUGGACGUGCUUCUCUUUCCAUGGAAAUUGACUUACAAGAAUCCCGGCCCUGGCCUCGUGCCCAAGGGCUCAUUUGGGAAAGUCCACUUGGCUCAGGACAUCACCACCAGGAAGAGAAUGGCUUGCAAACUGAUCCCCAUGGAGAACUUUAAAGCAGCUGAUGUGGAGUUCCAGGCCCGGUUCCGCCAUGAGAACAUCGCCGAGCUCUACGGCGCAAUUCUCUGCGACCAGAACGUCCACCUGUUCAUGGAGGCCGGAGAGGGCGGCUCCGUCCUGGAGAAGCUGGACAGCUGUGGGCCCAUGAGGGAGUUCGAGAUCAUCUGGGUGACCAAGCAAGUCCUGCGGGGCCUGGAGUACCUGCACUCACACAACGUCAUCCACCACGACAUCAAACCCAGUAACAUUGUUCUGAUGUCAGACAAGGCAGUGCUGGUGGACUUUGGCCUGACGGUGCAGAUGACAGAGGAUAUAUACAUUCCCAGAGACAUGAGAGGAACAGAGAUGUAUAUGAGUCCAGAGCUGGUUCUGUGUCGAGGACAUAACACCAAGGUAGACAUCUACAGCCUGGGCACCACUAUCAUUCACAUGCAGACUGGAAGCCCCCCAUGGGUCCGGAGAUACCCACGCACUGCCUACCCAUCCUACCUCUAUAUUAUCCACAAGCAGGCCCCCCCUCUGGAGGACAUAGCAGAGGACUGCAGCCCAGCCAUGCGCUCCUUCCUGGAGCGAGCCCUGGAGAGGAACCCUGCUUUGCGGAGCUCAGCAUCCGAGCUGCUGAAGGACGAGGCCAUCAACCCGCCCAAGGAGGAUCAGCCGCGCUGCUGGAGCCUUGACUCAGCCCUGGAGGAGGUCACCCACACCAUGCUACGGCAGCAGAGCCAGCACCAAGACACCACACAGGAAUCUUCUCUGUACUCGGAGGACUCUGGACACAUGAGGAGGAAGGGAUCCUUGUACAUUGACCUGGGGGCCUUGUCAGGGUACAGCAAACUGGUGGCAGGCCCCCCCACUUCAGAAUAUGGCUAGCACAGCUCACCAUUUCUUCGGCCAAACUUAAACUGAAGCCAAUUAAGCCAAUUUACUUUUGUAAGGCUUCAAAGAGUGUCUCACUCUUCACCAUCACAGGACAGAUGAAUAGUUCAGACAGGUGGACAGCUGCAGGCGACGUGGCUCAUUGAUGAACUGCAUUGGUUUACAAGUUGUAAUGAAUGGAAUUAGCUCAUCUAUAAUGCUGUAAUGGACUGAUGUGACUCAACAACACUGCAGGACAGUGGUUGGAAGAGAUGCAUUGUGUAUCAAUGUGCAUUAACUGUUAGUUAUUGGUAUCAUUUCCCAGAGCUCCCUACAGGGUUCUUGUACAGUACAUGCUAAACUUCAGUGUGGUAGUUAACACAGUAAUCAAAUAUAUGCAGUUUUGUUCUCAUGAAACUAUGUCUAAUAGUCUUCUACAAUAAGUUAUUUAAUCACUAAAAGUAUGUAAGCUACGUGUUAAAGUAUGUGUGCACCCUGCAGACAUGUAUGAUAUGUAGUUCUUUAUGGACUUUCUUCUGUUAAUUCCUGUGGAAUAUUAAUAGCAUUAUGAUGCUGUGCAAAUGACACUUCUGUGGAAUGCAUGGGAUUUCUGAUUUGUGUUUUGUACAUCUUGUGAGAUGAGGCCUGCUGUGCUUGGUACUAAAAAAACAACAGUGUUACUUCUGUUUUCUUUAUUAUUGAGCAUAAAAAUUGCCCGGAGUUUAAAAAUGUGUCAUUAUGUAAUAAAUGCAAUAAAAUGAAAAUCCCACACUGA